AUGGAGGUGAGCACAUGUGUCUCGGUGCCCUGCCAGCCCCAAAAUGCCGCCACCCAGCCCACCGCCUCUUCCAAAAGCACCAGAGACCUCUUGGUCACCUCCUUCCUCGGCUGCAUCCCGGCCACCACGUGCAUGGUUGGGGCGGUGGGAAACAUCGACACGCUGGUGGCCUCCACGGGGUGCGCUGGCUCCACGUACGUGUACGUCGUCAACUUGGCCCUGGCCGAUCUUCUGUUCUUACCCACCAUCCCCUUCGACACCCUGCGCAGGUUGAGGGACCACCGGUGGGCGGCCCCCUGCCCGCUGUGGCUGGUGGCCUUCCUCCUCGCCCUCCCCGCCAUGAUCCUCAUCGACCUGUGCACCGGUCACCGCCGCAGGGUGACCAAGCACAUGUGCCGCCCCACCUGGCAGACGGGAACCUGCGAGGCGUAUCUCACCGUCCUCUCCAGCACCUGCAUCCUCGCCCCGGGCAUCAUCGUCUGCUGCUCGUACACCAAGCUGGCUAGGAGCUACUGGAGGUCCCAGCAGGCUUUUGUUCUCAGCAUGGAGGAAACCAGCCGAUGUCCCAAGCGGAAGGUCCUGUGUAUGAUCUCCAGCACCGUGCUCGCUUACUGGACUUGCUUCCUGCCCUUCUGGCUGCGGCAGCUCUUCGGCAUCUCUUGGUACGAGCAGGGGGACCGGGGUGGCACCGCCGUCGUCUCCAUCAACUUCCUCGUGACCCGCCUGGCCUGCAGCGGUGCCAACUGCUUCUGGAUCCAGGACAGAGAUCAGGGAACUUGGCACGACUCUCCCGCAGCCAUCUGCGAAGCCACGCGUACCCGCCCCUGA